UAAGGAUAUUGCCUAUUUCUUGAAAAUUAAGAGGUACAACAUAUAUUGCCUUAUGUACAAUAAUAUUAAGCAUAGUUACACUACACUACACUGAUCAUAUACAUUAUACUACACACUACACGGACCCUCGUCUCCUAAACAUAGCCGCCAUCAAACCAUUUCUCAUCGUCUCCACCAAAUAUUCAUUGAUCUCCACCAACGUCGGCCGACUUCCCCCACCAAAGAUGCAGUGAUCUCUCUCGCCUCUCUCUCUCUCUCUCUCUCUCUCUCUCGAUUGCCAUCAUAAAGGCUUUAUGCUCCAGGCCUGGAAUUAUCUUGGUGGACAGAUUUUCCGUUUACUUCUACCCCGGGUACUAAGAUCCAAAGAAAACCCUGCUCAAUUUCCCAUUUGGAUACUUUGAUUUUGCCAUGUCAUACGAAACGAAACAUACACUAGGUUAUAAUCAACUCUUCUAUAGAUAGCAUGUUUUAAAUAUCAAAAAAGCUGAAAUAAGAGUCCCAAGAGCAAACCAAUUCAUGAUGGGGACAGAACUCAUCAGGCAUCAUGUUAAAGAGGAGAACAUGGAAAUUCCAUCUAUUCCACCAGUUGAGAUAUGUUGCUGGAGUGAAGGAUAUGUUGGAUAAUUAUUUCAAGGGAGAAGAGUUUCCACCCCAAUAUUACAUUGUGAAGGAGGCAUCACAGUUGCAUGGAAAUGCAAAUACGAAGCAACGCAUGGAGACAAAAGAUGAAGAUGCUGAACUACUUCUGUCAAACUCUUUGCCGCCCGACGCUUUGCGCGGGUACAAUAAUAUUAAACAGAACUCAUAUGGGAUACGCGGACCUUACCCUAAUCUCCUAAACACAGCCGCCAUCAAACCAAUUCUCAUUGUCUCCACCAAAGAUGUAGAGAUCUCCACCAACGUCUCCUACCGAGGACCUGAUCCAAUUACUCACUAA